UGUUUUUAACGCAAUAGUUAUUUAACAUUUAUGCUGGCAGUUCUCUGACUGUUAUGCAAAAGUUAAUAAUAGUGAAGUAAUUUUUUUCGGGCAGUUAGGUUAAAGAAAAACAUGGAAGCUGCCAAAAAGCAAGAUAUGCCUCCACCCGGUGGGUAUAAAAAGAUACCUUACGCUAGAGUGCCAGCGAAAACUUAUAUGACUGGAUUUCAAAUGUUUGCUGCUUACGGAGCUGUCACAACCAUCGGCAUGUACAUUUAUUAUUUAAAUGCUAAGAUGGUACUACGUGAAGAUAUUGAAAUGCGUUCGGCACAAAAUGUCAUAUUUCCUGUUUUGAUAGCAGAACGCGACCGCGAAUUUCUUAAGCAAUUACGUCGAAAUCGGGACGAGGAGGCUCAACUAAUGGCCAACGUUAAGGGCUGGGAGGUUGGCACUUGGUAUGGUGAACCUGUUUUUAAGACUAUACCUAAAGAUAAAUUGAUACCUCCAUCCUACUUGGAAUUCUUUGCUCAAUCCGAUUCAAAAGUACAGAACAGUCGUGCACAUGUAAAAUUGUGGUCUUAAUUUCUUAUGCAAUUAUUAUCAGAACAUGAAAAUAAUUCAAUAAAAACCUUUGAUUGGUUUUGUGAAAGUUA